AGAAACUGUGCCAGAAUCCAAAAUUACGAGCGUAAGAUGACGAACAUGAAAUUGGUUUUGUUUUUUGUGUUUGUGAUCGUGAUCCAGAUAAGUUUUGUGAAAUCGAAUUACCACCUAUGGCAAAGAUGGAAACAUGAAUUUGGCAAGAGAUACGACACAGAUGAAAAUAAUCAAAGAUAUACAACAUGGAAAAAGAAUCUUGAAUUUGUUGAAAAACACAAUGAGAAGUUUAAUUCGGGAGAAACAACGUACAAAAUGUCUAUGAACGGACUUGCUGAUUUGACACAGAAUGAAUUCAAAACGAUGCUGAUGGAAUAUUCUAGUUCAUUCGCACAGUUGAGAAAUUCAAGUUUAUUCAAGUCAGGAUUUAACAAUUCGGUACCAGAUAUACUUGACUGGAGAAGUGAAGGUUAUGUUACACCGGUAAAAAAUCAAGGACAAAUUGGAUCUUGUUACUCGUUUUCAGCAGUCGAGGCCGUAGAGGGACAAUAUUUUAAACAAACCGGAAUACUUGUGUCGCUUAGUGAACAACAGAUUGUUGAUUGCGAUCAGGGAGGUGAUGGGGGAAUUCCUUAUAAAGUUUAUGAAUAUAUCCAAAGAGUCGGAGGAGUGCAAACGGAGCAAGAUUAUCCAUAUGUAGCUAAGGUGCAAAAGUGCAAAUUUGACAAGAGCAAAGCGUAUGCUGCCGUAUCGUCAUAUGAUUUAAUAAGACCACGAAGAGACGAAGAUUCCCUACAAACGGCUAUCGCUCAGGUUGGACCGAUAUCAGUCAGUAGUAUCAAAAUCUAUCAAAGUUUCCAGUUUUAUCAUUCAGGUGUUUAUUAUGAACCGAAGUGUGAUGGGCUUGGUCAGCCCGGUGACGGCUAUCAUGCAAUGCUAGCAACUGGUUAUGGAUCAGAAAAUGGAAAUGAUUAUUGGAUGGUAAAGAAUAGUUGGGGAACAGGAUGGGGAGAGAACGGAUAUAUUAAAAUGAUAAGAAAUAAGAACAACAACUGUGGAAUAGCAAGUCAAGCAACAUAUCCUAUCAUGUCUGCACAACAACGAGCGCUGGCAAUACCUGAGACGACGACAUCAGGGGGAAACAUUCAAGCUUGGUCAAUGGCGGCAUUGUUGAUCAGUCUGGUGUCUGCUUCAGUUUUCUUUUGAUUUCAGUUCAUACUUUUGCUUCUAUUUUAUGUAUACAUAUAACUUUUUCAUCACUCUAUUAUUGGGUUCUUAUACGCCUUUUGUAUUUAGCUUGUUUUAGGUUGGAGGAUGUUUCCCCGAGCUUCAUUUGUUGUUUAUUUCCGUAACAAUUGCAAAUCAGCAACAAGUUAACAAUGACGUAACAAUUGGUAUUUGCGGCCUCUCAGACACCUCUUCCCAGGGCUGCCACUUUAGAUGUUUUAUAGCUAGAUCUAGAAGUUUUUUUUUCGAGAUAUAGAUGUAAAAUUUGGUGUCUAGAUGUUAGCUAUAAAAUCUAGUUAUUUUUUUUCAACGUUCCCAAUAUUAUCCGGUGGGAAAUGAAUAAAGCGAUUUGUAUAUUACUGUAGUAUGUGAAUGAAUAUUAUUUCAUUACAAAGAAGUAAGUUAAAUAUAUUGAUGUAAAAAUAUAUAUAUUGAUAAAACUCAUUUAUAUUGAAUUAUUCGAAUAACGAUUUAAACAUGUUUAGAACAUGUGACGUUUUAAUUGAAUAGAAAGGACGACGUUGGUCCGAUGAGUCAGUGCUUUGUAUUGCAUCGUUGCCAAUUGAUGAGAAUAAUUUGUGUAGUACAAGUUGCUUACUCUAGGAUUUUAAAAUUAUAAAGUUUUUCAAGUGCUGUUAAAUUUGUCUUCCUUUACUUUUUGGUGAUAUGAACUACGCAAAAAAUAAUCUGAGAAACAGCAUGAAGACAGAUUUACUGAAUGCAAUACCUGAAUACUGGUUAUCAAAGUCCGCCUGAUUUGAAAAAACAAUGCUGCACUUCUUAUAAGUUGCUGAUUCGGUUGCCAAGAGAAUAGAUAUAGAAAAAACUUAUAAAAAUUCCUUCGAAGCAACAACAUUAACAGAUGUCAGAUCUAAUAUUAUGUGAUAUAUAUAAUAAACUUUGUAUGCUCUUGUUUCAUUGAUUUUCAUUAAAUUCAAUGACUUCAAA